GGUGGUCUCUUCCGCAGAAGAGGAUGCUGGGAUAGUCGAAAAGUCCGCCAUCUUUGCACAUUGCGUCAAAAGACUGAAACAAAUUUGCGCGAAAGAAUUUCUUCAAAAUGCCGCCCAAAAACAGGGGCAACAGCGGCGCGGCCAAGUCUAAAAAGGCAGAAGACAAGAAGAAGGACAAAAUUAUCGAGGAUAAAACCUUUGGUCUGAAGAACAAGAAGGGCAACAAGCAGCAGAAGUUCAUCCAGCAUGUCACGCACCAGGUCAAGGUCGGAGGCACGGCCAAGGACAUGCGGAAACUCCAGGAGAAGAAGGAGCAGGAGAAACUUGAGAAGGAGAAGAAGAAGAAGGAAGCUGAGGAGCUGAACAAGCUCUUCAGACCUGCAGCUACACAGCAGAAGUUAGGGAAAGGAGUGGACCCAAAGUCCGUGGUGUGUGCGUUCUUCAAGCAGGGCCUGUGUAAGAAGGGUGACAAGUGUAAGUUCUCCCAUGACCUGAGUAUGGAGAGGAAAAGUGAGAAGAGGAGUCUGUAUGUGGAUGUCAGGGACGAGGAUCUGGAGAAAGACACUAUGGAGAACUGGGAUGAGGCCAAACUGCAGGAGGUGGUGAACCAGAAACAUGGGGAAGCUGACAAGAAGAAGGGCAACGAAACCAAGAUUGUAUGUAAGUACUUCCUGGAAGCUAUAGAGCAGGAGAAGUAUGGCUGGUUCUGGAGCUGUCCCAACGGAGAGUCCUGUAUCUACAGACACGCCCUCCCGCCUGGAUUUGUGCUGAAGAAGAAGGAAAACAAGCUGGAAAAGAAGGACGAGAUCUCACUGGAAGAACUCAUUGAGAGAGAGAGAGCUGCCUUAGGUCCAGACACCACCAGGGUAACUCUGGAGACCUUCAUUGCAUGGAAGAAGAGGAAAAUCCAGGAGAAGAAGAAAAAACUGGAAGACAACAAGGCCAAGAAGAAGGCAGACUUCAAAUCUGGCAAGACCCUCAUGGUGUCAGGACGUGAAGUGUUUGAGUUCAGACCUGAGCUAGUGGAGGAGGGUGAUGAUGAUGAGGGAGGUGAGACCACCUAUGUGCACCAGAGACAGGAGGAGGAGCAGGAUGAAACUGAGGCCAUGGAGGUGAGCCUGGAGGCAUUUGCGAUGGCCGCGAGGGAAGUCGACGGGACGGGGACGGUCGCUGGGAAGGACAGGAUACCCGGGGGAGGGGACCAAAACCCCAACCCCCUCCAAACCCAAGAUGAAUCCACUAAACUAGACCAGGCUGCGGCGAUCGUUCCCGAUACUGAAAACCCUGUCACCAACGGUCCGUCCAAUGGUCCCGUAGAAGAACCGACAAACGACGACGUGCCAAUAGACGAAAACCUUUUUGACGCCGAAGAUGACGACCUUCUAGAAAUCGAGGAAGAAUUAGACACCUUAGACAUAGAUGAUUAAACAUGGAGUGCAUGUAGGUAGAAAAAUACAGGGAAGGACUCUUAACAAGAUUUCAGAGAGGCUGUGAAUACGGAUGAACUGAAUUUUACUUUAUUACUGAUUGACGCAAAAUAAACUGAGUCACAACAUCGGCGUACUGAGUUUUUCAGCAUCAUGGACUGCUGAGUUUUGCCACCUUCAUAGAUUACAAACGUAGUCUUGGUUUGUUAGUGAAAAUUUGUUGUAAAUGAAUGAAUUCUCAGAGAUUAUCUUGACUGGUUACAAAAAGUACUAACAGCACAGACCAGAAUGGAUGCCACAGGACUUUGUGUUUAUAUUAAAUACUCUGU